GAGAGAGCGCAUUUGAUAAUGGAAAAGAAAAAGGGAACGAUUCUUCUCUUCCCCUUCAUGGCACAAGGCCACAUUAUACCCUUCUUAGCCUUGGCCUUCGGAUUAGAACAAAAGGGUUACAACAUAAUCCUUGUGAACACACCUCUCAACAUCAAGAAACUCAAGUCAUCUCUCACUCCAAAUGCCUCCAUUUCCCUUGUUGAGAUCCCUUUCAAUAGCUCUGAACUUGGCUUACCUCCAAACACUGAAAAUACGGAUUCCCUUCCUUAUAAACUCUGGUUACAUUUCAUCACAAUCUCCUCUUAUCUUGAGCCCUCAUUCAGAAAGCUACUCUUUGAUCUUGUUAAGGGUCAUGAUUAUGAAAAACCACUUUGUAUAAUAUCAGACAUGUUUUUUGGAUGGUCAGCCAAUGUAGCUCAUGAAUUAGGACUAUUCCAUGUCAUUUUCAGUGGGGCUUCUGGUUUUGGCUUGGCAUGUUUCUACUCUUUGUGGCUUAAUUUGCCUCAUAAAAAAACAAGAAACUUUGCUUUUACUAUGCCUGACUUUCCAGAAGCUGGAAAUAUUGAUGUUAGUCAAUUGAGCCAAAGUCUUUUAGCAGCUGAUUCAACUGAUCCUUACACUAAUUUCAACAGGGAAAACUUUCUCAACUUUCUCAACUCUGAUGGGAUUCUUUUCAAUACUGUCGAAGAGCUAGACAGGCUUGGAUUAACAUAUUUUCGUCGUAAAUUAGGCCUACCAGUUUGGGCAAUUGGACCAGUACUUCGGCCCGUGACAGUGAGUGAUAAAGGUAAAGAUUCCCCAGAGAAAUGCAUCAAAUGGCUUGACCAAAAAGAAGCAAAGUCAGUGCUUUACAUUUCUUUUGGCUCCCAAAACACAAUUUCAGAAUCACAGAUGAUGGAACUGGCAAAAGCCUUAGUUGAUGCCAGUGGAAUAAACUUUAUAUGGGUUGUUAGACCUCCUUUGGGUUUUGACAUAAACAUGGAGUUUAGAGCAGAAGAAUGGCUCCCAGAGAGGUUUCUUCAGUGCAUUUCGGAGGAUCAAAACAAGGGAAUCCUAGUGUCAAAAUGGGCUCCUCAGGUUGAAAUCUUGGCCCACAAAUCAGUUGGAGCAUUCUUGACUCAUUGCGGAUGGAGUUCAGUGCUCGAAUCACUUGGCAAUGGAGUUCCGCUUCUUGGUUGGCCUAUUUCAGCAGAGCAAUUCUACAAUGCAAACUUGUUAGAGCAAGAUCUUGGUGUUUGUGUUGAGGUGACUAGAGGGGGUAAUUCUGAGGUUAAGUACGAGGAUGUAUUAGAAAAGAUUGAAUUGAUUAUGGGGGAAAAUGAUAAAGGUAAAGAAAUUAGAAGGCAAGCUUGUGAGAUUAAAGAAAUCCUAGGAAACGCUAUUAUAGAUGAUGAAGAAGCAGAUCACCAAGGGUCUUCUGUGAAGGCAAUGGAAGAGUUUCUUAAUGCAGCUUUCUCCACUAAGUAGAUGUCUUGGUCUUGCACGCGAUACCCUGAAAAACCUCUUGUGACAUUGUAUUUGCAUGCGGCCUAGUAUCAUAGGCAUACUGGCCGUGCCCUUGACAUGUCGUUGGGCUUUGGAUGCACAUGACACCUUGAACAACCUCUAGUUGUAACAUUCACUUAGUGUCAUAGGCAAUGGCUUGCUCUCGACAUGUCAUAAUGUCUUCGCAUUCAUGAAUAAUCGACAAUCUGAUCUAUAUUUUUGUAUGCAUUUAUAUUAAGUUCCUAAUGUAAUGGAUGCAAACUUCUCACUCGUUGGCUGCAAAUUAAAUUUCGAAUU